AUGACAAUGAGCCUAGAUGAUGAACUGAACCAACCUAUGUUGGAACGGAAGCAGAAGAAGACGGUGACACAAAAGGCUGUUCGGAAAACCUUCAAGAUCACAGCUCAUCUAGCCAACCUUCUUCCCACAGGCACUGUUCUCACAUUCCAGAUCCUUGCCCCAGUUUUCACCCAUGAAGGCAAAUGUCGGACCCAAUUCAACCAGAUUUUAACGUUGAUCCUCCUUUUUCUUUGUGGAAUCUCUUGCUUUGUGUUAAGAUUUAGUGAUAGCAUUCGUGAUAAGAAUGGGAAGGUUUCCUAUGGGUUAGCGACCCUGUCAGGUUUGUGGGUUAUUGAUGGAUUGGCUAAGAUUCCACGAGAGAAUGCGAGUGAGUAUAAGAUCAGGUUUAUUGAUGUAUUUCAUGGGUUUUUGUCGUUGGUAGUUUUUGUGGCAGUAGCAGGCGUCGACAAGAAUGUAGUCAACUGCUUCUAUCCUAAACCAUCAGAAGUGAUGGAGGAGAUUUUGUCGACAUUACCAAUUGGUGUCGGAGUGGUAUGCAGCCUCUUGUUUGCUGCAUUUCCUACAACUCGACAUGGAAUUGGCUUUCCACUCUCAAAAAAGUAG